CUCUCAGCCUAGAAUUCCUGUUGGGGUCAUGCGCUUAAAUUUUUGGGAGCUUCACAUUGUGGUCUUGCUCAAUACCUCUUAGUCCCACUUUCAUGGGAAGCAGAUACUUAAGCAAUUCACACCUGUGGAAAUUUUUAGUCUCAGCCAAAGGGCAGGGUUUAUUCCUUUAUCAGUUCCUGUAGAAAUCUGUAGGUAGCUGUUGACUUUCAAGAAGACCAAAACUGUUCAUUUGGAUCCAAGGUCUGCCUGUGAUUUCAGCUGUAGGGCUUAUCAACACUGGAAGCAAUCAAGAAAGGAAGACCAGUGCAGGUCCAACUCCAGCGGUGACUGUGGUGGCCUUGGAGUGGUGGAAGAGUAUCACUUUCAGCAAGUCUGCACUCAGGAACCAUCAUCUUCCCUCAGUCUGAGUGCCUCUGCCCUCUGUCUGUAUCAUUGACAGAAGUUUUGUGUUCAGAAAGGGGACUGUGUGACUGUUGAACUGACAAUUGACUCUAACUCUUGCUACAAAGUUGGUCUCUGACCCCGUGAAAGUGUCAACAUAUUGACCCAGGACUUGUUGAGAACCAAGGCCAAGACUCUAUAGGAUUAUUGAUACAACUGGGCUUUAAUCAUGGGUGGGAAAAGAAAUAAGGGCAAAACUGAAAAAAGGGCUAGUGUAGAAGCUAAAACAAAGAGAGAAGCUACUGGCGUAGGCAGACCUGUAGCCAAGACCCAGGCCAAAGCAAUAGCCAAGCCAGAGGUUAAGGCAAAUGCAGUGGCACAGGUGAAGGCAGUGUCGAAGAAGAAGAUUGUUACUGAGAAGAAAGGAGCCCCAGCAAAUUUCAGUCCCAAAGUUGAAGAUGAGGCCACUCAAGUGUCUCAGUGUCGUUCUGUGAAAAAGGCCGAGGCUGAGACCAAGUCCAUGUGUAAAGAUAAGGCUGGUAUUGAUACCUGUGCUGGGGAAGAGACCAGUGUUGGUUCCAGGUUCCAGAAUGGAGAAGAGACUGAUAAUAGUUCCAGUGCCAAGGAUGAAGGUAAAGCUGAGACUGGUCCCCCAUCCUGUGCUGAGAAGUUGGAGCCUGUGGCCAGCGCUAGCUGUAAAGCUAGGCCAGGGGCUGAGGAGGAGGAGGAAGAGAAUGUUAUUGGGAACUGGUUUUGGGAUGGAGAUGAAACUAGUUUUGACCCUGAUCCUAAACCUGUGAGCAGAAUACUUAGGCCCCAGCCUGUGGAUGAAAUUAAUGAAAAAGAUAGGCCCAAAGACUGGUCUGAGGUAACUAUCUGGCCCAAUGCCCCUGCUGUAACUCCAGCAGUGUUAGGAUUUAGAUCUCAAGUCACAUCUGAGACAAAGCCUCCUUCAUAUAUUGUCUUGGGCUCAGCUGAGGAAAAUGCUCAUGCUUCGCCUGAGGAAACAGAGAGUCUUUCUAAGAGCAUAUUCUCAUGCUCAGAGUCUCUCCCGGAGCACCCAUUUGGUUCUGACCCUUGCAUUCAGACUAUAGAGCAGAUUAGACGCCAAAUCAAGAUCAGGGAGAUGAAUGGGAUUAAGCCAUUUGCUUGUCCUUGCAAAAUGGAAUGUUAUAUGACUUCUGAGGAAUUUGAAAAACUUAUUUCCUUACUUGAGUCAACUACUGAUCCUCUCAUUCAUAAAGUAGCUCAAAUUGCAAUGGGGAUCAUUAAGGUUCAUCCAUUUGCCCAAGAGUUCAUUAAUGAGGUAGGUGUAGUGACACUUAUUGAGAGCUUGCUUAGUUUUCCUUCCUCUGAAAGGAGAAAAAAUGCUGUAUUUACUCUGAAUGAACCUGGUGGGCUUGAAAGACACCGCAAGGUUGAAUUACAUGUUAAACAUAUGUGUAAGGAAACCAUGUGUUUUCCCUUGAACUCACCCGGACAGCAAUCUGGCUUAAAAAUACUGGGGCAACUGACUACUGAUGUUAACCGUCACCAUAUUGUUGCCAGUUAUCUUUCAGACUUUUAUUAUUUGCUUUCCCAGGGAAAUCGUAAAACCAGAAAUCUUGUUUUGAAGGUACUUUUGAAUAUGUCUGAAAACCCAGUUGCAGCCAGAGAAAUGAUCAGUACAAGGGCAUUAGGAGCGUUAAAACUAAUCUUUAACCAGAGAGAAGCAAAAGCCAGUCUCGUUAGUGCUGUGGCCAUAUUUAUUAACAUAAAGGAGCAUAUCAGAAAGGGUUCAAUUGUAGUUGUCGAUCAGUCGAGUUACAGCACACUCAUGGACCUUUUCCGUGAAGUUAAAAUGAUUAUUGAAACAUUGUAAAAUGAGCCAGAAAUAGAACACAGAACAAUCUCCAAAUUCUGAUGAGGUAACUCCUACUUCUACCAAACAGUCCAUCUCUACUCUCUCAUGUCCUGUUUGGCUGUCUGCAUAGAUGAGCACAGUUGGAAGAGGCUUAAAGCCCAUUUUCUUCUUCCACCUUAGGUCCAACUCCAGCGGUGACUGUGGUGGCCUUGGAGUGGUGGAAGAGUUUCUUCCUCUGUUCUCAAAGAUCCUUGCAUAAUAUUUUGUUUGUUAUAGUGUGCACAUUAUAAAUGAUGUCUUUAACACUAUUAUUUGUGGUAGUAUCUAGGUUUGAGCUAAACCAUUUUGGGGUUAUCAAAUAUUAUUACAUUGUGAGCUGAAAAUGUUUAUUUUUAUCUUGUGUAGAGGGGGUACUUUUCAACAUUUUACUUAAGAAAUUAGUGAACCAGUUCAUCCUAAAUAAGCUAACUUGUUCAUUAGUGUCUGCUUAGAUCCAUUUGUGGCUUCAAAUGGCAAAAAAAUAGCCUUAACUUAUAAUCUAGUUGCAGAAAGGCAUAUAUACACACAAAAAGAUAACUAACAGAUCAUGUAUGCAUUCGCACACUCAUACCCAUUGUGAAAUGUACACUCUCAACAUAAAGAAGGUAGGUGUUUCUAUAAGAUGUUUAAUAUAAGAAUUAAGUUUCCUCCUGUUCUGCCUGCAUCAUAUAGCAUAUUCUACAACCCAGAAAUGGCCCUGAAUCCUAGAUAAAAUGUCAGAUUCACUUUUAAAUGUCGCUACUACGUUUAUAACUCAUUGUUAGGCUACUUCAUUUAUGUCAAAGUCAUCUCACAGAAGAGAAAGGAGGUAGGUGUAGGGAGGAAACAUUUGCUGAGUACCUGCUCUUAUGUCAGGCAAUGUGUUGGCAGUAUACAGGUUUUCCCCCCCUCUUCUGGCAAUGGUCCUGUGAGCCUAGGUACUGGUAGUUAUUUCUUUUUUAUAUAACUCAUUGUGGAUCACCUCCAAUGAGAAUUGGGGAAGUUAAAUACUUUUUUCCUACAUUCCCAUAGAGGCAGGUGGCAUAGCUGUUCUGUCUAUUUAAAAAACCAUUUACUAUGCAACCUUACAGUCCUCUCACUUUUUUAAGUGGUGGCCUUGAAGGCUCAGAGACUGGUUUUAAUGAUUCAGUUUGCUGUAGAUAAUUCCCCUGCCAGUCUUGCAAUUCUUCACUUCCUCCAAAUACACAUGUCCAUUAGGCAUUUGGAGUCAGCAGAGAAGUCUGGGAUGAGUGUAUGGAUACCAACUGGCAGCUCCUGGAAAGCAGUAAGUACCCAAAACUAUUGAAUAACAUGUAAAUUUGAGUCAUUAGCAAGUAAAAUUUGCUAUAUCCUUAUCUUUUUCAACCUGAUUAUAUUUUUUUGUCAGAACUGGACUCAUUCUGUACGUUGUUUCAUACAUUACAUUUUUUAAAAGAUAAUUGCUUUCUUCCUCCUUGCAAAAUCAUAAUUUUUUAUAAUUUUUUCUAUUUCAUAUGUAUCAUGAAAUGUCAAAAGGUUCCAUCUUUUACUAGUAGUCUAGUCUACAUUCUGCAUUUGUACCAGCCUAAAACUGUACAGGAUAGACUUAAUUGGAGAAAUUUAGACCCAGAACUGCAGCUUUAUCAGCACAGAACAGGAAAGCUAGGAGAGAAGCUGCUACCUCAACUGACAUAACAGUAAUUCCUGGAAGUCUUCAUGGUUCAGAAAGCAUCCCCAGGACUUUUGGACUAUGGCUAUGUUCUCUACGGUUCAUGGUAGGAACUACAACCCCUGGUCUAAGUUGAAGAGAAUGUCCCAGUGUGCAAAAAUAGUGGGUUAUAUGCUUUGAAAUUUUUCAACAGUUAAGAAACUAACACAAGAUCAUACUGUAAAUGUUUAUAACUUGCUUUCCCCCACUAUCUGUAUAUUGUGAAUAUCUUUGCACGUCAAUAAAUGUGUUACUGCAGCAUAUUUUUGAAUCACUCAA